AUGCAUCGUCAUCCGUUGCCCCGGACAUGGCUGAUAUUCGUCGAGCCAUACGUUCACAAUUGCAAACCACCAACAAAAGAUGAAUUAAUUUUUAUCCUUAAUGGUAUAGAAAAAAGAACAUUACCAGAACAAUACCAGAUGUCUGGAAUUCUGGAAAAAAGCAAUUCUGCUCCCAAUUCCUGGAGAAGUGACAAAUGUGGUUGCGGUCGUCCAGCAAAUGCUCACGAUGCUGUUGCAUUUUCUCCAUUUUCAACUGCUUUAUCAACUUCUAAGGAAAGUGUUAAUUGCUCUAGACGAUGGAAUAUUAUUGACCACACCGUUGCUUCUCAUACUGACGCUUUCGGCACUCUCGAAUUUUUGGGUGGGACACAUGCACAUAAAGCUCACUACAUUCGCUUGGGUUACGAUUCGGAUCCAGUUGAUAUUAUGUAUUUAAUGGAAAAAGUUUGGCAGCUAACUUCACCUCGGCUUGUCAUUACAGUACAAGGUGGAAUGACGAAUUUCGAGGUUCAAGAAGGGCUUGGUCGAGUUUUUAGAGAAGGACUAUUGAAAGCUGCACAAACAACUGGGGCCUGGAUUAUUACAGCUGGUACAGAUUCCGGAGUAGUACGGCAUGUCGCUGCAGCUCUGGAUGAAGCUGGUAUAUCAGCGAGAAUGCGGUCGAAGAUAACAUUAAUUGGUAUUGCUCCUUGGGGCAUUUUAAAGCGUCGUGAAAAGCUCAUCGGCAAAGAUGUGGUUGUACCGUAUGAUUCUCAUACGUUCUCUUCUAAAAAUCGGCAUGCUAUGCUGAAUGAUCGCCAUUCUUAUUUUCUUUUGGUAGAUAAUGGAACAUCUGGCAGAUAUGGUGCCGAUAUCGUACUGCGGAGACGUUUUGAACAAUAUAUCACACGAAAAAAAGCUUUGUGGUCGGAAACACGUAGCGUACCUGUUGUUUGUGUUGCACUUGAAGGUGGAACUAGUACCAUACAGGCUAUGCUACAUUAUCUAACAAGUAAUCCUCCAAUACCAGUAAUUGUCUGCGAUGGUAGUGGCCGAGCGGCUGAUCUAAUUUCAUUUCAUCACUCGGGAAUCAUAUUAAAUAAUCACAUCUUAUUUGUAAAACUUUUUGAUGAAAAUUCUCAGUUAUCUCUGGCAUUAUCAUGGAAUCGAGUGGAUAUCGCAAGAUCAAAUAUAUUUAUGGCUGGGCAAGAUUGGACAACAGACCUUCUCUACAGUGCAAUGAUGGAUGCCUUGGCUUAUGAUCGUGUUGAUUUUGUUAAAUUAUUACUUGAAAAUGGUGUUUCUAUGAAAAAAUUUUUAACAAUUUAUCGCUUGGAGCAACUUUAUAAUUCGGUAUUACAUUAUUAUUUUACCUUAUAUGAUUCAGAUGACAACUUAAUUCUUCCAGAAAUUGGGAUCAUUAUUGAGAAAUGGAUGGGUGGUGCAUAUAAAUGUUCGUAUAGAUCAAGACAAUUCAAGAGCAAAUACGAAAAAUAUAGAAGCAAACCACAACAGAAUGAGUUUAACCAGUUGAGGGCUGAAAAAAAACAGAAAAUUUGCAAAAAUUCAGAUGAUGAUGACGAUUUCGAAUAUCCAUUCAAUGAAUUAAUGCUAUGGGCGAUAUUAACACAGCGUCAGGAAAUGGCUUAUUUUUUAUGGUUAUAUGGCGAAGAAGCAAUGGCAAAAGCACUCGCUGCUGUUCGACUGUAUAAAUGUUUCAGCAAGGAAAUCCAAUAUGUGAUGAAAUAUUCCCUAAAAUCUUUAAUGGACAAUAUCUGCAAUCAUCUGGAUCUACUCGACUAUUGUUAUCAACAAGAUGAUGCACAAACUAUACGUCUCCUAACAGCAGACUUAAAGAACUGGGGUCAUCAUACAUGUCUUUCUUUGGCUGUUGUUGGCAAUAAUAAGGAUUUUCUUGCUCAUCCCUGGUAUCCUAAUCGAUUUGCUGUAUGGUCUUCAAAAAUAUAUGAGUUCUAUUCGGCUCCUGUAACAACUUUUUGGGCAUGGUUGUUGAGUUUUAUGAUAUUUUUAUUCGGCCUUACUUAUGUUAUGUUAAUUGAAUUACCGUUGGAACCAGCAAGAAUUGAAUGGUUCCUGUUAAGUUAUGUUACCGCGCUAACUAUUGAACAAAUUCGCAAAUUAUUGUAUCAAGAAGCCAGUUCAGUUACGGAAAAAGUUCGAGUAUUCUUUAAUAGAUACUGGAAUUACUUGACGAUAAUUGCAAUUAUAACAUUUUUCGUUGGAUUCGUAUUCCGAAUGCAACCACUUCAAAGGCAUUCUUAUGGACGAGUUAUUCUUGCAUGUAAUACAGUUUUAUGGUACAUUAAAGUAUUGGAUUUCAUGAGCGUUCAUCAUCGGCUUGGUCCUUAUAUCACUAUGACUGGCAAAAUGAUUCUCAGUAUGUCUUAUAUAAUUGCUCUACUGCUGGUAGUUCUAAUGGCAUUUGGAAUUUCUCGCCAAUCAAUUAUUUAUCCACAUGAGAAAUGGAAUUGGAUACUUGUAAGGAAUAUUUUUUAUAAACCAUAUUUCAUGCUUUAUGGUGAAGUUUACGCCGGUGAAAUUGAUACAUGUGGUGAUGAAGGCUCAAACUGUGUGCCAGGUGGAUGGAUACCACCAAUUCUAAUGACAAUAUUUCUACUCAUUGCAAACAUCCUUUUUAUAAACUUGCUCAUCGCUAUUUUCAAUAAUAUUUUCAAUGAAGCGAAUGCAAUUUCGCAACAAGUUUGGCUUUUCCAACGUUAUAAGCAAGUUAUGGAAUAUGAUAAUACACCUAUCAUUCCACCUCCGUUCACUCCAAUUGCAUAUAUUAUUUCUUUUAUCAGAUAUCUCGUUAAGCUUCGUUUAUUUAUCUGUUUUAUUGAAGAAUUACAUCUAAGUGAUGACGAAAUGCGCAUUGUGCAUGAUUUUGAAGAAGAUUGCAUGGAUGAUUUAUCAAGAAAAAUUAUCGCUGCUAAAAAUGAACAUCGUGAGAGUCGAUGGAAUGCAACUGCUGAAAAGUAUUAUAUUAUUAUUAUUAUUAAUACUAUAAGCGACAAAUUUAAUACUAAGAAAGUGGAUAAAUCGGCAACUGCCCUAUUUUUAACAACAAACCAGCGGAACCAAAACAACUAA